UUGACUGUGUAAUAUCUCUCUCUCUCAUUCACUCACUUUCUCUCUCACACACAGCACGCACUGCUCUUCUCUGUGCUCUGCUCUGCUCCGCUCUGCUGUUGCCUUUUGGCCUUUGGGGGAACUUACAGCUUGCUAGUUGCUUCUGGUGGAUUUCAAUCUUUUUCUCUGCUUCUCCUUUCUGGUGGCUUCAAGGAUAAGCGAUUUGGAUCUUGGGCUUCUGGUUUUCUCACAGAUUAUUGAGUUGUAGAAUAUAAGGAACAGCCGUGGCGAUCGAAUUUAGUGAAGAACAGUAUGCGGUGGUAUAGUCUUUCCAUUGAUGUGUUUCGCAAAGUUAUCUCCUUGAACUUGUACUGUCGUGUGAUUCUGUAGUACAUCCCAAAGUUUUUCAACCAGUCCCUUUUUUGCUGCCUCAGUAUAUUCAAGAACCUGCUUCUUAGAUAACUUCCAUGGGAUCUACUCGUUUUAUUGUCAUUCCCUGCUACGUCCGCAGGAUUAGCUGAAUCUGCCUCUAGACACUCGAAUUUCUCUCCCUUUUUUCAGCAUUCAAUCAGUGGUGUAUUUUCAUCAUUUCCAUCAUUCAGUCAAACUGUCUUAAUUUGUUUGCUAGCUUUUCUCUAUCAUCUUCGGAAAUCUUUGUCGCCAGUAAUACAGUAGUACUAGUUCACUUCGAGUUGAAGUGUUGCCAUCAGUUGGAUACUCCUAUCUUUUUCUGUUGGAAGAUUUGGUGUAGUGCUUAUUGAAGGCCAAAGGGAAGUGCCAAUAGUUUAGUUUUUUGAUCAUUCUCUGCUGGAAGAUUGUGGUGUUGAUUGGGUGAAAGGGUAGGGAAGAAGUAGUUAUGGUGUGCCAAGCAGCGAGUCAAACAAGAUUCCGGGCAUUGAAACACGAAAAUGGAGUUGCUGGGUGUGCCACCAUAAUUGUUAGAGUUAUAGCAUGCUUUCAACCUCUUCAAGAUUGCCAGGCUGAAUAUUUCCGUCACUUGCUCAAGCCUGUCACGUAGAUAUAUUUACUGUAUUAGAGCGUUCAAAUUAAGCAGGAUCUCUUUUUUAGUUUUUCCAACAUUUGUCAAAGCUACAGAAGUAAUCAGCUUUCCUAUUACUGAAGUUCUUGAAAGUGGUGAUUGUGUGGUUGAAUGGAAAAGGACUUUGGAUCCUGGUUCCAUCACCCAGAUUCUGGACGGGAAGCACCCUGCCUUAAUUACUUGGGUGCUCCAGGUGACGUGGGGAAACAGAAUUCUGCUGCCUGUAUGAACCCCUACUUGAAUGAGCUCUAUAUCGACGGGACUUUUCCCCCGUUCACGUCUUCUGGGCUGCCGCAGUCCAAGGCAAGCCAACCAAAUGGACCAUGUAAUUGGUUUGAUUGUCUGCCACGUUUCUGGCAGUCUGCUCCUGGACUGAACUCUCUGCAAAAGGAGAAGCUUCCUUCUGACCUGACUGAAAAAUGUGGUAGAACUGGAAUUCCAACUGCUAGCACUGGCUGUGCGCAGAAGAAAUUUCUUGUUUUUGAUCAGUGUGAUGGUCAAACCACCUUAAUUUACAAUUCCGGAGUUGGGGCUCCCAUGCAGCGCCUGACAUCUUGGAAUCCAAAGGUUCCCGCUGCCUAUGACCCUCUGAUGGAAGAUUUCGGUGUGAAAAAGGACAUGUUUUCCAACUUUGCCCCUUUUACAAGUUAUGAACAUCAUGAAGACAACCAUGGAGAUGAUGUAGAAACCGAAAUGCAUGAAGAUACUGAAGAAUUGAAUGCUUUGCUGUACUCUGAUGACGAGAAUGAGUAUUCAGAUAAUGAUGACGAUGAGGUAACGAGCACUGGUCAUUCUCCCAGCACUAUGACGGAACAUGGUAUACAGGAGUGGUUUGAGGAAAGAGGUGAAGAAGUAGCCAGUUCUGCCAGUCCAACAAAGAGGCGUAAACUGUUAUCUGGAGAUUAUGAAGUACCAUCUCCGGUGAAUGCUUUAAGCUCUGGGAAACCUCGUAAGCUCUCUGAGAUCGAGGAUGAUGCAGAAUCUAGUUGUGGCAAUUUUGAUAAUCAAGUAUCGGAAGAAUCAGAUUCUUUAUCUGGCAAGAAAAGAUGGAGGAAAGAGAAGAUACGUGAGACGGUUAGCAUUCUGCAGAGCAUAAUCCCUGGUGGGAAGGGAAAGGACGCAGUUGUUGUCAUUGACGAGGCAAUCCAUUACUUGAAAUCCUUGAAAGUCAAAGCCAAGUCCCUGGGACUUGAUGCACUAUAAAAUUUGUUCUUGGCGACCAGAUCAGUAGCAUGGAUUGUCAAGUGGGCAUUAGUUACACUGGCAUAUCCUCAUUUAGCUUGUUUUGUGAAGUAGUAUAUUAUUAUUAGUUUCUAUUAAGAGGUUUGUCGACGAAUUUCAAGAAUAAGAGCAUGAUGCUGGAGUCCAGGUUUUUAUGAAGUGGGGUUGCUUCAGGGGCAAAGAUAAGAUGUUUGAUAUCGUUGCGAGUGAAGAUUGAAGUCACAAAGCAGCUGGAGCCUGCUUGAACCACUCUUUCAAGCCUUGUACUUCAAUGAUUGAGUAGGAACCAGUGAGUUUGGUUUUUGAAAUCUGUGUGUUUGUGUCUCUGUCGUGCCAAUGGAGAUGGUAACAGCGGGGAGCUGAAUUUGUGUAUCAUGCUUCAAUGAAAAGGUGGAAAAUCAUGAAUUGGUAUCUUGACGCAUACGAGAAAAAGGUUAAACAUGCCUCAAUUGCCAAAAAUCCUCAUCCAUCUUGCCGCCUGGGAUGGGAGGAGUAGACUUAAUAACCCCUUGGUAGGCCCCCAAGAAAGUGAGAUUGCACGCCUGGUGGGUGAAUUGGGUCCCAACCCUCACUUUCUUGGCCCUUUUUUUUUUUCCUUCUUGUGACCUUGUCACCAUUAUAUUCUGUGGGUUUUUCCCUAUCUGCAAUCUUGAUGGGAUGGAGAUUUGCUGUGCCGAUGCUUGCCUGGCCCUCCCUCCCAAGCCAAUGCCACAGCCGCUUUGGCUGGCUGCUUCAUCAAGUGCCGUAUGAAAGCCUCUGUUGAACCAUCAUCAUUGGAGGACCGCCACCGCCACCUCCUCCUGCUCAUGCUGCUGCUGCUGCUUCCUCAACACAUUCACCAUCUUUCAAUUAAAGCCUCUUCUGUUCUUCACGUGUCAGCACCAAAAUUGCUAGCCUUUCUGGUGACUUCAGUGGGUUUUCUGUAUGGUGUAAUUUUUCUUCUUUUUUUUACUUUAAUGGUUCCUGUAAUAUAGUAGUGUGUUUUGACUUGUGGAGAUAGAUAGAUAACGCAACUUUAUGAAAGCUUGUUCUGUUUCUGUAGUUGGACGAUGGCUGCUGUUCUUUCUGCUUAAUUUUAACUUUUGUUUGGUGUUACUGUUGUCUC